UCUAGUCUAUACGAGCUGGGUUUGGGGGCAUGCUCCCCGGAGAAAUUUCUGACUGAUUUUAAUAGAUUGGAAAUGCAAAAAUCCAAAAUUUAAUGCUCAUUGCUCAUAGUUACUUCUAUAUCUCCCUGGAUUACGCCAGGCCCGGGCUCCCGUUUUAUUGUAGUGUUAUUCCUGCAAUGCCUUGCUGUGUGUUUUCAAAAACAAGCUUCGCUUACUGUAACAGCGAUUGAAAUUGUUUAACUUUUCCUGUUUUCAGAAAACUAGCCACGACUAAGUUUGAGCCGACCGAUGCGCGCAAGGCAUUGCCGUGCUUUGAUGAGCCCGCGAUGAAAGCGACCUUCACGACAACUAUUGUCCACGAACCCGACUACACUGCACUGACGAACAUGCCCGAGGCGAUCAACAAGACGCGCUCAGACGGUCUGAUAGAAACGAGGUUUAUGAAGUCGGUGCCUAUGUCAACAUACCUCCUUGCUUUUAUCGUCUGUGACUUCAAGCACACAGAGACCAUAACGGGAGAACACAAUAACGUCACGCUGCGUGUCUGGACUACACCGGAUCAAAUAAACCAGACGUACUUCGCGCUUGAUGUAGCGGAGAAGAUAAUCACGUACUUCGAGAAGUACUACAAAGUCAUGUAUCCACUGCCCAAGCAAGACCUGAUCGCUAUCCCGGAUUUCUCUUCUGGUGCGAUGGAGAACUGGGGCUUAAUCACGUUCCGCGAGACCGCGCUUCUGUACCAGCCAGGUGUCUCGUCAGAAUCUAACAAGCAGCGCGUCGCUGUAGUCGUGUCUCACGAACUUGCUCACCAGUGGUUUGGUAACAUAGUCUCUCCCAAAUGGUGGAACGAUCUAUGGCUAAACGAGGGCUUUGCAAGUUACGUUGAAUACCUUGGUGUCAACCAUACUCAUCCAGACUGGCAAAUGUUAGACCAGUUUCUUCUGUUAGACCUUCAACUUGUGCUACCACUUGACUCACUCGCCACCUCUCACCCCAUCUCCGUGGAAGUGGAUCAUCCCAAGAAAAUCAAACAGAUCUUUGACAGGAUCUCCUACAGCAAGGGGUCUUCAAUCAUCAGAAUGCUGGCGGGUUUCUUGGGUGAUGACUUGUUCACUGAUGGGCUACAGCACUACCUUAAGAAAUUCGCAUUCAAAAACGCUGAGACGAAAGACUUGUGGGAAGCGCUUGGCGAGACGAGCAAGACCGAUGUCAAGACAAUCAUGGAUACGUGGACUUUACAAAUGGGCUUCCCUGUGGUGAAGGUCGGCCGCGUGGGGGACUCGAACAAAGCAAGGCUGACUCAAAAGCACUUUUUACUCGACCCAGGAGCUAACGUGACUAUCGCAUCUCCUUACGGGUACAAGUGGUACAUUCCUUUUACAUACGUCACGCAGACCUCGCCCCAGUCCCCGCGCUUGGUCUGGAUGAACAUGUCUUCAGCGGAGAUCCAGAUCCCACCGCUGGAUAACGGCUGGGUCAAGGGUAACUACCAACAGAUCGGUUACUACCGCGUCCACUACGAUGACAAUAACUGGCGUGCAUUAGUUGCGCAGCUCAACCAAGACCAUGAGGUGUUUACAUCACAGGAUAGAUCCAGUCUCCUCAAUGAUGCGUUUAGUCUCGCCAGGGCUGGAUACCUGAAGUAUGAUAUAGCAAUGAGCAUGCUCACAUACUUGGACAAGGAGAGGAGCUACGUGCCGUGGAAAACUGCCUUGAACGCGUUGAGCUACCUGAAAACAGUCCUUGCAAAUAGGCCUUCAUACGGGAACUUACAGAAAUUCAUCCGCGGCAGACUUGCAGGUCUUGCAAACGAACUUGGAUGGGAGAUGAAGGCAUCUGACAGCCAUAUCGACAGGUACCUCCGCGGAGCCAUUCUCGGCAGCGCGUGCAGUGUUGGGUUACCGGAGGCUGUCGGGAACGCCUCGCGUAUCUUCAAGGAGUGGCAAACAGGAGAGCGGGCUUCUAUCAGCGUUGACCUACGGUCAAUCGUCUACAGAUAUGGGAUUGCUGCAACUGGGCCGGACGAGUGGGACUGGAUGUUUGCCCGUUACCAGGCCUCCAUGGACGCAUCCGAGAAGAUCUCGUUACUAGAAGCCCUAGGACACAGCAAGCAAACCUGGAUUCUGAACAAGUUAUUGGCCAGCUCGUUGAAUUCGUCCAUCGUUCGCACGCAGGACACGAUCAGUGUUAUACUAUCGGUAGCUGGGAACCCUGUGGGGAAAUAUCUUGCGUGGAACUUUGUGCGCGCGAACUGGGAAAACCUGCUAAAAGAGUUUGGCACAAGCACUUUUAGGAUGACAAGCUUGGUGAAUGGAGUGACAAGCGGCAUGAACACGGACUUCGACCUCAAGCAGAUGAGGGUGUUUUACAAGUCGACUGAUGCCGGGACCAGCGAGAACGCACGCAAACAGUCUGAGGAGCGCACAUUAACCAAUAUCGCAUGGUUACAGGCCAACGAGGAGACCGUAGAAACGUGGCUCCGUAACAACGUGUAGCACAAGCCCCUGGAAAAGCAGGAUAACAGGAUAUCUUACUUAUCUGAUCAGGGAGAUUGGAGGACUGGAGAUACAUAUAUCAUGAACUAGAUACCUGCGCGCUUUCACUUUCAAAGCUCUUUUUUAGAUAGAAAAAAAAAUUAUGUUAUAACAGCCGUAAAUAUUUGGCACAAAUAUAGGAAAGUGUAUACUGCAAAAGCUAAGGCCUUUCGAAAUACGAAAAGAAGUAGACCCUUUAUUUGAAUAGACUGAUUUGCCCUCGAAACCAUCAUUGAAGCGUGAAAUGCGCUCGUGCAGCCAUCCUGAUCUGACAUAGACAAUGUUAUAGCCGCGACAACGCCGUAGGGGAGGAAAUGUUUAGAGCUAGAUAUUAUAGCAGGCAUGGACUCUUAACGCUCCUAUGUAGUCAGUUGUUCAAUAAUUGCGUGGGUUUCACUUCUUGCUACGUUAUCUUUUAUCAUUUAGACUUCCUGUCUCUUAUAGAAUUGUCUUUUUGCGUGAAAGAUGUGAAAUAAAGAUUUCAAUUUCGCUUCA